GAAAACUCCGGUUUAUUGAUGAAAAAGUGAAUUCAAUUUUAUUAAAGCUAUAGGAAACAGGAAUGGCCUUUAGUGAAGUUUGUAGAAUUUGUUUAUGCGUUAAUGUUCGCAUGCUUGUAUUAAAGAAGACUAGUCUCAGAAAUUUGUACAAAACAUUGACGAACAGUUUUAUGGAUGAGGAUGAGGAGCCCAUAAUUGUUUGUUUCACCUGUCAUGCAAGACUCAUUCGUUGUAGAACAUUACAACAACAGGCUGUUGAGACCAAAGCAGUUCUGGAGCAGUUGCUUGCAGGAGGGUCCAUGUCACUACCAAAUCAUCAUGAGGCUAGAGAUAAGAUUCAAUUCACACCAAUUAGUCAUAUAGAUAUCAGGCCAGUAGAGUGUGAUACUGAUAUAGAAAAUGAUUGUAAGGACGAUAUGUUUAGCCUUGAAUGUGUUAAAGUUGAGGAAGAGAAUUUCGAAAAUGAGAAUUCCAAUUUUGAAGAAAGUGGGAAUCAUGAAACAGAUGGCGAAACUAUGAUUCUAGGUAAGUAUUAUUAACUUUCUAGACAUUAGUCCUUUACUAAGUUUUGUUUAUUUUACAGGUUACUUCUGAUUUCUGAUGCAGGUUUCACCUGAUCGAACUGAUGCAUGACAUGGCGUCGAUUGAUUAGUAAGUAAUGGAAAACAGUACAAAUAAAAAGCGGCAAAGAAGCGAAAAUUGGCUGGAGGAAAAUAAGGUCAGUACGUAACUAAAGUAAUUUUCUCAUAGGGGCUUAGUGCACAAGUGUUAGUUCACUGUGUUGUUAUCAUAGAAGUAUUACCCAGUAGAAACGCAGUCUAGUACAAAACACGAACGUUAAAGUGACGCAAGGUCAUUAUCAGGGGUAUGAAAGUCCUCAGUAGCUUGCUUUUACGUUGAUACUAGCGCCAUCUCAUAGUCAGCCAAAGUACUAUUUUUCCCAAUAUUUUUACACAUUUUAUUAUAAGAUGGCGCCACUGCUGGUAUUCAUUAUUUAUACCGAAGCCUAAAUUAUGCUAUCGACGUUUUAAAAUACAGCGGUAUACGAGUAUGUAUAGAAUAAUUCUAUAAGAAUAUACGAAAAAAUUUAAACCAUGCUCAUCUAAAACAAACUAAAUAAAGAGUUAUUUAAAACAAAUUAAAUAGUAAUUACAGUAAAACCCGCUUAAGACGAUUUUGAAGGGACCCAGGAAAAAUCGCGACUUAAGCGGGAAAGCGUAUUAUGCGGGAUAGGAAAAAUAAAACAUUAUUUACAAAUAUUGUGUAGGUAUUGAAUUAUAGGUAUACGUAAAUUGCUUGUCGCAUUCGGAGGUAAGAAAACAAGCGUGAUGUUCUUUAGUUCAACAUCUUUAGGGUGAGCGGGGCAGUUAUCAACGAAGAGAAUUAUGCGUCUACAUUUAAUCUGGAAGUGAUCAUCUAAAGCUUUUAACCAGUUAAUAAAACGAAGGCCAGUCAUCCAAACUCGAGAUUGUGCAUCAUAUUACAGGGAGCGAUUUCACGUUGUUGAAGCAACGUAGAUUUUACCAAUGACUAGUAAACAUAACUUUUCCGAAAAUAAACAAAAUUUGUCUGCGUUAAAAAUGUUUCGCGGUUCAUAAUUUUAUAAUAAUGCAGGAAAUUGUGAUAUCCAUGUAUCAACAUCUUGUUCUGCCACUAUCUCCGAUUCCCCAGUGAUUUGACGAUACACAAUGCGGUGACGAUUAUUAAAACGAUCUAUCCAUUUGAAGUGGUAAAAUCUGAUUUGUAAGCUUUCAGCAAUUUUUCGCCUCAUAUGGGGCCACUUAUGGGCAGUUAUAAAGCUCGUGCUUGAUGAAGCCAUUUCACUAAAACUUUCUCUAAUUGAUCAAACUUUGCUUUUUUCUCUUCACACCUCCCAAUCUGUAUUUUUCGUUAAUUUCUUGUCUAUUCUUUAAAAUGGUACUACUUUAUAAUGCAACUCGGCUCGGCUCGGGUGUUGCACAGAUGGCGUAUUAGACGAGAUGACGAAUCGUAUUAAGCGUGUUAAAAAUGUAUGAAAACAUGCCUCAAGUUGCAGGGACUGACAUAAAAUGGCGUAUUAAACGAGAAAUCGUAUUAAACGUGAUCGUAUUAAGCGAGUUUUACUGUAUAUACAUUUUCUUUUAAUUUCAUUGAAAUAUGUACGAAAUAAUACUGAACCUAGUUGAUAGCGCCAUCUAGUGUCAUUUUCAGUAAUUUAUAAUCCCAACGCCAUUUAUAAGAGCGCUAAAGAGACUUCCCUCUUUUCGACACCUAAUAAUUUUUCAGUGGCUCAUCUAUACUCUAUAUAGUAUAUUAUCUAUGGUCAUUAUGUUAGUGGGCGCGAGCCGAAUGUGCCUACGCUCGUCACACGCACACAUACACGCCAAUCAGCGAUACCAGUUUCUGGCGUUUGCAAUCAAAUUGUGCAAAUCACUAUUUUAUUGAUUAAUUUUAAAUAAUCGAUAUAAUAAAGAUUACGUAUUACGUACGAAGAUGUAUUUUAUGAGAAUAUAAAAUGGAAUAAAAUAAACACGAUAAUGAUGGCACUAAUAUAACUUUAUUAUACAUAUUUUAAUGGUACAAAAAUGCAGAUGUAAUAAAAUUUAAGAAUAUUAUUAAACAUAAUUAAUUUGCUCGAAUACAAUAAGCGGAUGUGCUUAUUGUAAUGUUUAAUUUUAACUGACUUCAAAAAAGGAGGAGGUUAUUAAUUCGGUGUAUUUUUUAAAUGUUUCUUACCUCAGAAUUCUACAAUUUCUAAACCGAUUUAGAUUUAUUUAUUUGAAAGGAUAUUCACACAGAUUGGUCCAAUAUACACGCUGAAAUUUUAAUGGUUGUUUUCCCGUAGUCAAAUGAUUUUGUCUUGGUAGUACAAUAGAUUUAUUAAAAUAAAAAUUAUUAUGAUGCAAAAAUGGCAGAUUUACAAUCGAGAAAAACAAAACUCGAAUGUGACCUCAAACCAAUAACAAUAUCUCGCAAGUAGAUCAGGCGAGCAGGCUAGCUUAUACCGUAUUACUAUAAUAAAGUCUGAAUAAAAAAAUAUUCGCUGGACGUAACGUAGUGUUACGUCUAUCGCACGCGCUACCGCGCGCUGCCUACACAGUGAAGGGCCACUAAUAAAUGUUCAGGGCAUGAACUCUCAAGUGCCGUACAAUUUUUUAUUGUGUUUCAUUUAAAAAAAAUCCCUCAUCGCUGUAUGUCAUAGCAUACAGCAGUUAACGUUUUGAACAACUUG